ACUAAGGGAAAAGAUUCAAAACUCAAGACAUUCUUCUGCACUGACAACUUAAGGUCGACCAUGGCAAACGAUGUAGUGACAUCGAUCUAUGGGAGUUUAGUACCCGUCCUAAAAGGAGAGAAAUUGACCAUGAGAAUCUUGGUGGAUCAUUCGAUGAUAGAAGGAUUCGGACAAGGUGGAAGAACAUGUAUUACCUCAAGAGCAUAUCCGACAAAAGCCAUCUAUGGAGCUACAAAACUCUUCUUGUUCAAUAACGCUAUUGAUGCGUCCGUUACGGCGUCGUUUACGGUCUGGCAAAUGAACAGUGCUUUUCUACAUCCUUACUUCGCAGACGAUCUUUGAUGUUCCUUCUUCUGACACACCUGAUUUUUUUUUUUUUUUUCAAAUAAUAAUGGAAUUUUUUCUCUUUAUUUUUUUAGUUUUUAGUCUUUUGGUAGUUUUAAUUUAAAGGUCUGAUUUGAUCUUUGUGAUUGAUUCAUCACGUGAGUGAAGAGAAGAAAAAAGAAAUCUACUCCACCUGCAGACGAUCUCAAUAUUACUUCUUCUA